AUGCGCGUCGGUUCAGGGGUGCGGUGGCGGAUCUGGACCUGUGUCGGCUGGGCGGGCACACACCGCCUUGCUGUGAUGUGGACGGGUGACGAUUCUGGCUCCUUUGAUUACAUCCGGUGGCAAAUUCCAACGUAUGUGGGCACUGGCUUCUCAGCUCAAGCACAUGUGUCAGGCGAUAUAGAUGGAAUCUUCGGUGGAAGCCCCGAAACGUAUGUCAGGGACCUGCAGUUCAAGUGUUUCAUGACCUCCGUAAUGGUCAUGAGCGGCUGGGCGGGAAACCCGGACAAGCAGCCCUGGACGUGGGGCGAGCCGUACACUUCCAUAAACCGACGGUAUCUGAAGCUGAAGCAGGCCCUGACGCCCUACUUCUACUCCUUGUCGCGAAUCGCUCACAACACUGGGCUCCCACCUGUCAGAGCCAUGGCGCUCGAGUUCCCCUCCGACGACUCCGUGAUGGCCAGCCACACGGGCAGCUCGCAGCAGUUCAUGGCGGGCCCCUCCUUCCUUGUCGCCCCCGUGUACCGCCCUCUCGCCGAGGCUGCGGUCAGGGAAGGCAUCUACCUCCCCGCUGGCGACUGGGUGGACUACUGGAGCGGUUCCGUGCUCGCGGGGGGGCGGAGCCUGCCGGCCGUCCCCGUGGCGCUGGAGGACAUUCCCGUCUUUGUCCGCGCAGGAGCCAUCGUCCCCAUGUGGACGAGCGCACGCGGCAGCAGCGGACAGCUCGCUCUGGACAUCUACCCGGAGGGCGAUUCCAGCUUUGACCUCUACGAGGACGACGGCGUGACGCGCAAGGCCAUCGACGGCAGAGCCUUUUCCUGGACGAGGAUCAGCUGCCAGGCGCCGCCUCAGGCGCUCCGCCGUGGCGGGGACAUCGUGGUGGCCGUGAGCGCCAGCGUCGGCAGCUUCGAGGGUCAGCCAGCAGCGCGAGGGUACCUCCUCCAGGCUCACAUGCCUAAGCCGCCGUACUCCGUGCUGCUGUGGCGAGAUGGGAAGAAUUACACUUUGCGUGCUAUGAGCUCCUCGAGCGCCCUGGAUUUCUCAGAGUCGGGAUGGUUCUUCAGCCAGGCUGUCGCUGGUGGUAUCGCAUACAUCAAGACGCCGUCUUUACCAACAGCAGAUCCAUGGAGUCUGCAGAUCUCCACGAGGUCCAAGUAUCCGCACGUUUUCUUUCGUCAGUGCGAUGGGACUUCGGCGCAGUCUUUCAUGUUUGACCCUACUUCUGGUUACAUCAAGCUGAACAGUGAUCAGAGCUCCUGCCUCACGAUUGGCACGGACAAGGAUUUCCAGUCGGGCACACCUGCAGUUGAGAUGCAACCGUGCUCAGGGCAAAAGUGGCAGCUGGACCUAUCCACAGGCAACCUCCAUCCUGCCUCUGACCUGAGCAAGUGCAUCGACGUGGAUGCCGCCGACCACGCGGCCGAGAUCUACCAGUGCGGACACCUUCAAGGGAACCAGCGCUUCAAUUUCACAUACGACGGAAGCGGCGUGGGACAUCACUCCGGCACCUUCAGGAGGGUCGACGACGGGACAUGCAUGACCGCGGUGAACAACCCGGCGGGCGGCCACGGCGCAGGCCUCGCGCAAGGGCUUCCUCUCUGGAUCUAG